AUGAGCUCAGCCGAUCCGACUUAUCCACUCUAUCCAAUAUCGUGCACGCUAGCGGCAGCCAUGCUACUACUUACCCUCUUGACGAGUAUCAUACGCCAAAGCUGGAACCUCGGUGUCGCUCUUCUUUGCUUUUGGCUCUGUCUCGAAAAUGUCACCUAUGCCGUGAACACGGUAUUGUGGGCCGACAACGCCGACGCGAGACUCUAUGUGUACUGUGGCAUCGUGACCCGACUUCAACUCCUCUGCUACGUCAUCAAGCCGAUGUCAACGCUCAUCAUCACGCGCCGUCUGUACUUGAUUGCCAGUCUUCAAAGCGUGGACCUACCUUCAGCCUCACAGAGACGCCGAAAUAGCAUCCUGGAGUGGACAGCGGGUUUACUCAUCCCAAUCAUAGUGGCGGGCCCGCUGUACUACGUGGUACAACCAUACCGGUUCCAGAUCACUCGAGGGUUCGGGUGCGCAAACCCAGCGGAAGGGUCGGUGCUCGCGAUCUUGCUGGUCGACAUCUGGGGCAUUGUUCCUCCCCUGCUUUCCGUUCUUGUCUACUAUCCGCGAGUCGUCGGUACCUUUGUGAGCCACGGGCGGGCAGUGAACGAAUUCCUGCGUAGCAACGGUUCUGUAUCGCGCACGAACUACAUGCGAAUCCUGGCCCUUGCAAGCGUCGAUGUUGUUCUCACCCUCCCAAUGGGUAUCACAUUCCUUGUCCUGCAGAUAUUCUCGAAGGACGAGUCUUUGCCCUUCUAUCGAGGCUGGAGCACAGUGCAUGCUCACUGGGAUAUAGUCCAUCACGUUGAUACCAUCGACAGUAGAGCUGGAUCGGCACAGGCUUACUUCUCCCAUUGGGCAUCGCCGGUGCUCGCCUUCACCAUAUUUGCGCUCUUUGGCAUGACAGCAGAGGCGCGCGCAUCUUAUGCGAAGUUCCUUCGUGCAGUUGUAGGCCGCUGCAGGCGAACCUCGCCUCGAACGAGCAAGGAUAACGGGAGGUUCCAAUCAGACUCGAUAGUCUUCGCUUCGCGGCCCCAGGAAUAUUCUCCCGAUUCCGACCCUAUAAUAUGA